AUGGCUACUUAUGAUUCCCUGAGUGAUGGUGACCAUGGCAUUGAGGUGGCAGAUGAUCAUCAGCCCCAGGAACAGGAUCAUCCGGAAUUAUCAGUCAAAAAUAUCGGGGCGGUAUCGGCUCUUUUUAAUUUUCUAAAGGGCAACAUUGGCACAGGAAUUUUGGCUCUGCCGGUCGCCUUUAAACGUUCUGGUUUAUGUCUUGGCUUUGCUUUUCUGAUUUUCUACGCCUGCCUUUCCACUUACCUUAUGCAUGUCUUACUUCGUAUAUCAAACGUCGUUAUCAUAAAAAACAAUCUUGAUCGGAGUAAAAUCGAUUACGCAGAAGCUGUGUUUUAUGUUGUAAAAUUUGGUCCAGAACGUUUUAGAUCUUACAAGGGCAAGGCCAAGCACACAAUCAACAUCUUUUUGCUCCUUACGCAGAUUGGGUUUUGUUGUAUAUACAUGCUUUUUGUGGCCCAGAACACUAAAUACGUAAGUUGGAAUGACGAAACGACAUGGCCGGAGGUCCGUGCGAACCUUUACUUGAUCGGAUUUAUUGUUGCCGUGUUGCUUGUUAUGCUGAAUAUCAAGAUGACGAUGUUGAUAUUUGCCAUCCCCUCUGCUAUCGCAUUGAUCGCCACAACGUUGGGUCUGGUACUCAUUUUUGUCUAUAUCUUUUCCACUGGCCUUGAGGAUAUCACUUCCCUUCCUGCCUUUACCUCCUUCAGUGAGGUGCUCGUUGCGCUGGGCAUCUUUAUCUUCUCUUUUGAGGGGAUUGCCUUGGUAAGAAGUUCAUUUAACUAUAGGCAAUCUAUCUGCUGA